CUCACUUUGCCCCCAUAACUUGUCAAUCAUCCCAGACCCAAGCAGGACUUCACCAUGUUAUAUACCAGGAUGUGCAAGCUGAACAUUACUAUCAUAAAACAUACAUGCAGAAUCAGGCAGGACAACAGUACCAUAUGGCACACAUGUUUAAUACUCAGGGUUAUACUCAGCUAAAUUACAACCCAUUCUUACCUCAAACAGUAUCACUGGAAUCAAACGUGCAAUAUCAUAGUAAGACCAGUGUAUUUGAGAACAAUACUGAGCUGUAUUCCAGCAAUCAGGACCAAACACCCCAAUUAUCUUGGGCAAUCCCAUCAGGAUCAAACGGUUCAUCUCAUAACACAAAAGUCAGUAUAUCAGAGGACAAUAGUAAGUUACUGUCUGUCAUUCAGGAACCAACCCAAGUUGUAUCUUCAACAGAAAAAUGGUGCCAUUGUGAAAGAUGUGGGGAAAGUAGUAACAUAGUCAGCAAAUGUUGGAUCUGCAAUCUCAUAACUUGCCUUAAAUGUAAUAUAUUGGGACUAAAAUAUAAACUCUGCUCACCAUGUUUAAGCCAUUGGAAGAACUCCAAAAAAUCUGAGGAGAGAACUGAUCAAUAUUCUGACAGCUGUGGACAAAUCUCGGUUCCAUAUUACACAGGAUCAAAAUCAAAUGAACUUUCAGGGUCAAGGGCAUCUGAAGAGUCAGCUCCAUCACAAACUAAGAAACGCAAAAGAAACCAAGAAGGAGAUUGAUACUAAGAUAUAUAAUAAGAGAACAAAUGUAAUUAAAGUAUGGCCUAGAGAUAUUAUCAGAUACAUAGUAUUUAUAUUGGAUAUGUAUUAUAAAGGACUUCAUAACAGAAUUCAUUGCGAACUAAGAUGGACUUUCAUGCCAUCGACAAUAGGCACUAUGACAUAAUUUGUAAGCUGCAACAACAAAUACA